GAGGGGUCGUCGAAGACUCCAGUAAAUAGAACCCCGGAGCACGAGCAGAGUGUUGGCGCUGACGUCACGGCCCUACAUUGAGAGCUGAGGCUGAAUUGUGAGCGCGACCGUCAGACGGAGGCGCGCCGAGGAAACAGAUAGAGCUACGAUGAGCCCCAGUCGGUGUGACUCUGUUGCUUUUUGAGGAUUUUACUGGUUAAAUUUUCUAGCAAUUCCUGGUUAUUUCUUCUACACGACAAAGCGAACAAACCGAUCGACAUUUUGGAGAGUUUAAUUUUCGUUUUGGGGUUUCAACAUGUCCUCCGCGGCGGUUGCUGCCUCGAGGAGGCAGUCCUGCUAUCUGUGCGACCUGCCCCGAAUGCCGUGGGCGAUGAUCUGGGAUUUUACGGAGGCCGUCUGCCGCGGAUGUGUCAACUACGAGGGGGCCGACCGGAUUGAGUUCGUUAUCGAGACCGCCAGGCAGCUCAAGAGAGCGCACGGCUUCCAGGACGGCCGCUCACCGGGCCCGGGGAAGCCCCAACACGCCGGGAAAGACAUGAACCACUCGGCCGGAGAGCAGGGCUCGCGUCCGCCGCAGCCCCUGGACCGCUACCCGCUGUCUGAUCGGCCGCCCCGGCUGGGACCGGAGUACCACGGGGGCAGGACGGCGAACGGCCUCCCCGUGCCAAACGGAUUUCCAAAACCGGACGAGCCCCCUGAGCUGAACCGUCAAAGCCCCAAUCCCCGCAGGACUAGCACGGUUCCUCCCAGUCUGGUGCCCCUUGUGAACGGCGGCAUACCCACCGUACACCCGCUGAACGGCCGCCCCACGCAGAUGGGUCUGCCCGGGGUUCUGACCGCACCGGGCCCCGGGGACCACGGGAAGCGGCCGGAGGACCUGAAAGACAAACACAGAGCGGACAGUCUGUCAGACAUGUCGGACAGCCACAAGGAGUGGAUGGGCAAAAGUCGAACGGUGAGGGACCUGAUGGCGCUGCACACCUUCGACUCCAGGUUUAAGAAGGAGCACGCUGCCAUGCAGCGCGUGAUGGGAUACGACACCAGCGCCACUUCCUCAAAGACAGGUGAGAAUAUUUUUCAGGUGAGCUGAGGUACUAAUGUGACAGGCGGGAUAAAACCAGGAACAUUUAACAUCAGAAAUAGUGUGUCAGCACCACCCGGGUCUGCUGACGUGUUUCAGCGAGGUAAGGCCACGCAUUGACUCGGACCCGCUCACCUCCAUGCACGCGGAGGGCUGUGUGUGUGUGUGUGUGUGUGUGUGUGUGUGUGUGUGUGUGUGUGUGUGUGUGUGUGUGUGUGUAUGAGAAGUUUCCUGUGUGUAUUGUGCUCUGAGCAGCAUGCUUGUGCAAGUCUGUUUGGUCUGUACGGUGGCCCUGAAGGGAAACUGCAUAAACAUGUCAGGACCACUGAAAACAUUUAGCUUAACCAUCAAAAACAUUUCAGGACACAAAGAAAACAUUCACAAGACUGUAAAAUAUUUCACAUUGAGCAAAAUCACGGUUCAAAACAAGACAUAUUGUGUGCAUAUUGAUGUACUAAAGAAAAAGCUAAAUUAGCUUUUGAAGAAGCUUUAUAUAAACAUAUUUUAUUUAUUUUUGAAUAAUUUUUGUGUUUAUUAGUUGUUUUGUAACUUCUUUAUGCAAAAAUAUUUUAGUGUUUGGUUAAUACUGUUUCGUUUUGCAAAAUAAUUUUGUGUUUUGAGCAAAAAUAUAUUUUUGUUUUUAAGGGUAUCUUUACUGUAAGUCCAAUGUGUGACAGCAAUUUGUCUGCAAAACGUCUUUCCUUCCAUAAAAAUGUCUAAAAACAAAAAUAUUUGGUCUGUAUGAUAUAUUUAUGCAUUUUGUAAAAUACUUUCAUUUUGUCACUUGUGAGAUAUAUCUGUGUUUUGUUGGGUUGUACUUUCUUAGCUGGUAGAAAAUAAAUACAUACUCUAAAAAUACUCUUUCAAAACUCUUUUUAUUCUGUGUGAGAUAUUUUGCAUUUUUUAAAUUGUGUUGUAUUUUGUGUUUACAAUGUUUUUAAGUGUAUGAAAACUUUUCAGUUAAAUGUUUUUUUUUUAAAUGUUUUUUUCUGAUGUCUUUGUUUAAUUUAAAGGUUUGCUGAGUCAUCGCUCAGGGCCUCCGUAGUUCUGCAUUAACUCCUCCUUUUCCUCUCCACAGACCGGGGGAAGCACCCACGCAGCAUGAAGAGGAAGGCGUCCCCGGAGCCUGAUGGCGAAGGCAGCACCCCUAAGAUGAAUGGCGGCGAGGGUCAGCCAUGGCUCCCGUCACCCUCUGAGGUCCUGAAGAUACCCCCUGCAGCCCUUCCCGGUUUUAUGGCCGCACCCCCUUCGACCAUCUCCCCCCACUCCCGCACCACGCCCCCUGAAGCUGCCACUGCACAGAAUGGCCAGUCCCCCAUGGCGGCGCUCAUUCUCGCCACUGACAAUGCAGGCAACACAGGCUCACCUAAAGAUGGUGGGCAGGUACACUCCACCACAGCGGUGGCGCGGCGAAACAGUGGCAGCCCUCUUUCGCCAUCCUCAGCCUCUCAGAGGAGACUCGCAGGGAGGGAUGGGCCAGUGAGCGCCAACACCUCUACCCUCCACACCUCCGGUAGCAUGGACCCUCACGCUGCGCAGCAGAGCAUUCCAGACUCUUCCGUGCCUCCUGGUAGCGUUCCGCUCUGCUGCACGCUGUGCCACGAGCGGCUCGAGGACACUCACUUCGUUCAGUGCCCGUCGGUGCCGUCACACAAGUUCUGCUUCCCGUGUUCCCGGGAGAGCAUCAAGCAGCAGGGCGCCACUGGCGAGGUGUACUGUCCCAGUGGGGAGCGGUGCCCGUUGGUGGGCUCUAAUGUGCCAUGGGCCUUUAUGCAGGGGGAAAUCGCCACCAUCUUAGCCGGGGACAUAAAGGUUAAAAAGGAGAGGGACCCGUAAAAAGUUCACCAGCUGUUUCUUUUUCUGGAACUUUUUCUUUUCUUACCUGACUGUGGCAAUAACCACGGGAUAAAACUCACACACACUCAGAUUUGGAACAUCCAGGAAGCCCCAGUUAAAUGCAGGACAUGUACAUAUUGGACAGAAGGGAAGUGAACACUUCGUAAACUUGGCUGUAUAUUUUUUCGAUCUUUUGUUUUUCAAUACAUUGUGUUUCUAUAAUUUCAAGAUAAAGGUAUGUACUCGUCAUGACGCCCCAUCACACCUGUUUCUUUGCAGUCUCUCGGUGUACCUUAGGUCUGGAGACUGACCCUGUCAAACAUAGAAUGUGACUAAUCUGAGCACUUGGUGAAAAAAGACAAAAAUAAUUCUAAAAAAAAAAGAGAGAAAAUGCUUCUAGCUGUACAUGUAUGCACUUGUUUAAGAAAAAACUUGCCAAAUACAGUUUCAGACCUUGUAAUAAUACCUCCAGUGUCUCUGUGGUUUGCUUAUUUUCCACACUCAGCUAGCAAGACGAUGAAUAGUGAUUCACUCAUGAUGCAAUACCUUCCAGCAGGA